AUGAAUGCUAAAAAACGAAAAUCCAAAAACUAUACUGACUCCAAUGCAAUAUCGAAUUCUGAUACUAGUCCUGAGUAUAAUGAUACUUCUAGUGAUGAAUUAUUAAGUGAAGAUAAUAUUAGUGCAGACCUUAAUAUUAUUACAGAUCAUUCUGAUAAAACUAGUGAUACAGACCAUUCUAAUAAAAAUAAUAAUCCAAACCUUCUAAUAAAAAACCUAUUAGUUAAGACUCAGGGUUCAACUAGCAACUUUCAAACAUAUUUAAAUACACAUAAAAUUACUAAACCUACAAAAGUUAUUAAUACAAUCGAACAGCCAACAAUUACUGAAAUGUUCUAUCAUGCUGCUGGACAAAAUACUCGUCAAAAAGAAUCUAUCAAUUAUGCUUUAGUAAAAUGGAUAGUUACAGAUUUGCAACCUCUUUAUGUUUUGAAAAAUGAAAGUUUUAUUAAACUUAUUCAUACCUUAAAUCUAUAUUACGAACUUCUAUCUGAUAAAUAUAAAGUUCUUGAAGAAUUAACUAUAAUUUUGGCCUCUUUUGCUGAGAUUACACAAUUGCUAGGAGGUAGUAAUUAUACUACAUUUAGUUUUAUAUGGCUAGCAAUCACUACCCUUACUAGAAAUUAUACACCAUUGUCAAUGAGUAUAAGUAAUGAAGAGCUUGAUUUAACAAAUAUGUUAACUAUUUUUGAUGAAGAGGAAGAGAAUAUAGUCGAUAUGGAUAAAGAAUUGGAAAUAAUUAUUACGGCUAAUGGAGGUAGGUUUAAUCUUAGUCAACCUCAAAAUAUGGAUAAUCUAGUAGAAAAAGACGCAUCUCUUGAUUGUUCUUUAAUUGCAAUGUUACUUGAUCCACAUUGUAAAUCAAUGAAAAAAUUAGAUAGUUGGGAACAUGACAAGGCUAUUAAUCUUUUGCGAGAAAAAUAUGAUUUACUUAGCAUUAGAAAUGAAAGUAUUACUAACUUGGUAAAUGUAGAAAAAAAUAAUAAUCAAAUGAGCCUUUUUUCAAUAAUGUUUGGGUCAGAUAUAAUGUCAACAUCAGAUAAAAAUGAAGUAGACGAAUAUCUUAAA